AUGAUAAAUGAAGUUGAUGCUGAUGGUAAUGGCACAAUCGACUUCCCAGAAUUUUUGACAAUGAUGGCAAGAAAAAUGAAAGACACAGACAGUGAAGAAGAAAUUCGAGAAGCAUUCCCCGUGUUGGAUAAGGAUGGCAAUGGCUAUGUUAGUGCAGCAGAGCUUCGCCAUGUGAUGACAAACCUUGGGGAGAAGUUAACAGAUGAAGAGGUUGAUGAAAUGAUCAGGGAAGCAGAUAUUGAUGGUGGUGGUCAAGUAAACUAUGAAGAGUUUGUACAAAUGAUGACAGCAAAGUGA